UAAACAUACAAAGAUCCAUUCCUGACCUGGCAACCAUACUCGCCAAACUAGAAACUGAACAUCCCAAUACAUACCUUGAAGAUUGGCUUAAGGAGAUCCAAGGCAUCAUAAAAGUACACAAAACAGUUGCUAAGGCUAUCGCACACAAAAGACAAAACAAUGCAAUAAAAAGAAGAAUCACAAUAAGACAAGAGCAAUAUGAUAAUGAUAAAUAUGCCAUGAUUAACAGUGUUCUAGAAAGAUCAAGAAGACAGAUACAACUAGACAGACUCAUCUUUCAACAAGGAGAGGAA